AUGAACUACCUCUGGGGCGCGGUCAAUGCCAUUAGUGCCCCUUACCAAUAUUACAAGGAACUCGCCCCACUUAAUCCGUCGACACUCACUGGUGCUAUCGAUGUCAUAGUCAUUCGCAGACCCGCUCCGGGCGGAGGCACAGAGUUGGCAUGCACGCCAUUUCAUGUUCGGUUUGGGAAAUGGCAGGUAUUAAGACCUGGAGAGAAGAAGCUCAGCUCUCUAACACUUGCUCUAUCAAUGCGCUUACACGAUUUCUACCUUCAGGUCAAUGUAGCCAUCAACGGCAAACCCAUCCCAUUCAACAUGAAGAUCGGAGACGCCGGCGAAGCCUUCUUCAUCUUCGAAACCGAAGGCGACAUCCCGGACGAUCUCAUAACAUCACCACUCCUCGAAGCCACGAAACCGGGGCAAUCAAACAUCCAGACACUCAAGACUGGACGUUUCGGUGCUAGGGAGGAUGGACCGGAUGCGGAUGUGGAUGCGGAAGGGGACAUGGAUAUGGGGAUGGGUGGUGGUUUGGGUUCGAGCGAUGAUAGAAGACAGACAGAGAGCACGCAGGAGCCUGAUUUUUUGGACUUGAACGAGACGGGAGUGGAGCCGAAUGCAGAAGCGUCAGGUUCAGGUUCAGAAACGAGACAAGAUAGAGACAGGGAUGAAGUGGGCAGUAGGAAGGGCGCGAAGGGCAAAGGCCAGCCUGGAUUGUUGACUCGGACGGUUGGAGUGGGGAAGGCGGUCAUUGAUGCGGUGGGUAGUGUGGAGAGGGAAAAGAGAGGGGAGGUGAAGGAUCAGGUCGAAGCUGCGCGAAACGUUACGCAGAACCUUGUCGAGACCGAGUUUCAUGGGAUCGGGAAGGAAAGUGAGCAAGAUAUGAGAUUGAGGAUUAGGGGUAACGAUCCUGGCGACGAGGCGUUACCGAAGCUGAAGGACGAAGAUCUGCAGACGCCAGAUGUCAUCGACAAUGGUGAUAUAAUGAUGGAUAUGGGCGGGUAUCAUUCACGCCAACACAAUCGCUCCCAAUCUCACGAAAGCCGCCACGAAGAUUACUUCGGCCAGCAAUCUAUUCCCUUUCCCUCCGCCGGAACACCUUCAACCAGCCUACCAUCCUCACCUCUCCCAACUUCACACGUACCGCAACCACCGCAACCACAACCGUCCACCUCAUCACCCAAUUCUAGCCCUACCCGAACUCUACGUCCUAUUCCCUUCCCAACAGGCGACCUCGACAUCCGUGCGCCCUCUGCCCCACCAACCGACACCCCCGAACGCUGGGCUAAACGUCACCCUUCAUUAAUGAUACAAGGCAUGCCACCGCCCAGUAUGCAACCUCAGGACGAAUUCUCAUGGGAAUGGGGCGCAUUCCCUCAAAGAAGUCCGAUGAGGGCUUCGUUCGAUCAUCUGAAGUAUAAACCGAGUAGGAUGGGCGUUACGGAUAUGCUGAAUGAGGAAGAGGAAGGUGGUGGGUUGGGAAUGCCGAGUAUCGCGGGUGUGGUUGGCGCGGCCGGUGGACUCGGUGGAGAGGGAGAUGAGGAUGAGGACGAGAGGAGGUUUCAGAGGAGUAAGAGUUUACCGCCGGAGUUGGAAGGCGAGGAUUUGAGCUCGUCGAUUUCUGUGGGUAGUGGGGGUGGCGGCCAGGACGCGAGAAAGGCAUUGGAAGAGGUGAUUCCCAGAAUGGAAUUUCCUUCCAAGGUGCGUGAGAACGAGAAAAGUGAGGACGAGCGGGAGCCCCUAUCCGAGGAUGAAAGCGACGCUCGUGCUGGUCCGAGGUCAAGGGAACGGGAGAGGCCGAGAGAUGGUGAGGGAAACAAGAAGGGUCAGAGGUCGUGGACGAGAUGGUGGACUGGAAAUAAGAAGGAUGGAAGGACGCAUAGUGUGGAUGUCAGGGGAGCGAAUGCUCAGGAUGAUGCGAACGCGCCGACGAGGAAACAACUGGCGGAGGACAGGCCGCCUCUGAAGGCGUUCAACUCAGUUCCUGUUGUCACGCCUCAAGGCAUCGCCGCCGCCGAGAGUUCCACGCCGGAAUCUGAGGAAUUCGACCCUUCAUACGGGGUCUCGGCCAGAUCGCUACCCAACGACACUGCUCCCAUACACCAAUUCACUAGCACACCUCUCCAGGAAUCACCGCCAUCUCGAGUUGAGCCCGAGCCAAGCAAACGAUUCGCAAAGACCCUACGAUUGACUUCGGAGCAACUUGAGAGGCUCAACCUUGAACCAGGCGCAAACACUAUCACUUUCUCGCUUUCCAGUUCAGGCGUGGCUGCGUGUACAGCGCGAAUAUUUGUAUGGGACUCGACAGACCAUAUUGUCAUCUCUGAUAUUGACGGGACUAUCACCAAGUCUGAUGCCCUCGGCCAUGUCUUCACCAUGAUCGGACGAGACUGGACGCAUCUCGGUGUGGCGAAGCUUUAUACCGAUAUCUGCAGAAAUGGGUACAAGAUCAUGUACUUGACCUCGAGGGCCAUUGGCCAGGCCGACUCGACACGAUAUUAUCUACAGGGUAUCAAGCAAAACGAUUAUCAACUCCCAGAGGGUCCCGUCAUCAUGAGUCCCGAUCGGUUGAUGGCUUCGUUGCAUCGGGAAGUCAUCAUGCGCAAACCUGAAGUGUUCAAGAUGGCCUGUCUGCGCGAUAUCCAGCGCCUCUUUGGACCUACCUCUCCCAGCCCUUUCUACGCAGGCUUUGGCAACAGGAUCACCGACGCCUUAUCGUAUCGAAGCGUGAAUGUUCCAAGUUCGAGGAUAUUUACAAUCGAUUCAAACGGCGAGGUCAAGAUGGAGUUGCUCGAACUGGCUGGGUACAAGUCUCCGUCUGUGGCCAGCUACAUCCAUAUGACCGAUCUCGUCGACCAAAUGUUCCCUCCAAUUCAGCAUAAGUGGGAGUCCGAGUUCACAGACAACAACUACUGGAAAGCGCCCGUCGCAGAAUUCCCUCUUCCCGACCUCUCCCCACCCUCUCCAGCACUCUCCGCCCGCUCCGACACAUCGAACGUCUCCACGCUUGCAAGGCUAAGGAACUUCAGCCUCCGGGCCAACAGCGGAGUCGCUAGUGCAAAUGCGGCGAAGAGGAUGACGUUGCCCCCUCCCGUGACGGGUGAGGUUAGGGGUAGGCAUUUGAGUCUCGAAGGUGUUGGUGCUGGAGUAGGGACCGGAAAUAUGGAUGAGAAUGGGAAGAGGUUGAGGCAGAUGUCGAGUAUGGAGAGGUUGAGUAGUGCGCUCGCGGGAUUGGCAGUGGGUGGCGGUGGCGACAGGAGGAGUGUGAGUCCAGAGUCCUCGUCAGGGACAUAUUUGGAUUCGGAGGACGAUGAUGCGGAGAAAGGGGAAUUGUUUAUCGAUGGACGAAGACGGAGGAGGAGGGUCAGGACGGAGAGUAUGCCCGGCUCGUUGCCAGAGUCGAGGGCAGGUACGGAUGAUGAGGAAGAUCUGGAGUUCGGCCCUGAAGAGGGUGAGGAAGGGGACGAGGACGAUAUCCAUGAGGAGGAAGAGGAGGUCGCGGAGCAGGAGUUCGAUGAUGAUUUGUUGGCGACGGGAGAGAUGCAGAAUGUGCCAUUCUUGUAGAUCGUUUUCGGUUUUCGUGUUCUCAGUGGUCGUUGCAUAUCACACAUACAGCUCACACAUCCGCACAUUGCACGCAGUUCGUUUGCUUACACUCACAAUCCACAGACACGACGCAUUGAUUUGUUGUACACACAUGACAUGUAAAUUAUCAUCGGCUUAGUUGGUUGUCGCAUCGCCAUAGCUAUAAUAGAUGCGGACUUUCCCUCU